CCAGCGGCAGAGCGGCGGCAAAAGCCAGCAGCCAGCUGCCAGUCAGUAACUGGGUAGAGGUGGCGGUGUUGAGAAGGGGGUCUCUGACGAUGCCCCAAACUUGAGACUCGGGUCGCCAAGGAAGAAGAGGUGGAGGAAACUACUACUCGCGGGAUAAUAACUUAACUUUUUUCUUCUUCUUCUCUCUCUUAAGAAUGAGGACGAUGCCUGUGGCUUAAACGAAGGCGCGCGACAUUAUCUUACGAUCGUAGUGAAGUAGUUUCAGUUAGUGACCCCACGCCAAGUUUUGAAGUGUGUAUUAGUUUUAUCGAUACGUUAGAAUAAUUAGAGUAACUUUGUCUCGUUGUCCCGGACGGACGAAUUUGGCUAAUGGGUGCUAGAAGGACAGAGAUACGAGGACUUAACAGUCGCUAGACCUAUGAACCUUCUAACUGCACCGCUGGUUUCGUAGUUGCGCUUCGUCAUCGCCAAUCGAGGGAAAUAGUCCUUAUGAACUCCAUUGCCAUUCCCGAUGCCACCGGCCUUGGCCAGGUCGUCUGGAAUGACGGUUCCUCCUCCUAACGAGAGCGGGAAAAGGAGGAAAGUAGAAGAAAUAGAAGAAGAAGAAGGAGGAGGGAAGAGAGUUUGAGUUGAUCCGGGGAGAACGUGGAAUGCGACCGAGCGGGAGGAGCGCGGAUUCAUUCACUAUGAUAAUCCUCCUCCUCCUCUUCCUCUUCCUCCAUUCAUGAUUUCCCAGACGCUGUCAUAAACAAUGACGAUGGGCGACGGUCUGAACGCCGCGUUCCAGCUCAACGCGAGUGCCGCGGGGAGGGAGUCCCAGAGUGUUUUCUUCAGCGACGAAAACGCGUCCGACCCGUUCCCCACCAACUCCACGGGGAUCGACGUCGACGACCCCUGCAAUCAGAUCUUGAGCGACUCGGAAGGAAGCAGUUACUCUGCGGAUGUUUUCCAGUUCGUGGUCUACGGGAUACUGCUGACGACGGUGGGGCUCCUGGGCCUGGCUGGGAACAUCAUCUCCAUUACUAUAUUGUCCAGUACAAAAAUGCGUUCCUCCAUCAACUGCUGCCUCAUCGGGCUGACGUCCUUCGACAUGAUCGUCACCGUCACGUCGAUCCUGAUGCUGGCGCUGCCGGAGGUCAGCGAGUACACGGGCACCAUGACCUGGUACACGAAGGGCUUGUUCCAAAAGUCGAUGCCCUUCGUCUACCCUCUGGGGAUGAUCGCUCAGACGGGCUCCAUCUACCUGACGGUGACAGUAACCGUCGAGAGGUACGUGGCCGUCUGCCUGCCCUUCAAGGCCAGGACGCUCUGCACGUACGGGAGGGCGAGGAUGUACGUCGUGGCCGUGGCGCUGUUCUCCGUCGUGUAUAACCUCCCGAGGUUCUGGGAGGUUACUUACAAGGUGUGUCACCAGGCGGACACUGGGGACGAGACCGUGAUCGUCGCGGCGUCCGCCCUGAGAAGUAAUCCACACUACAAGGAAGUCUACAUUAUGUGGAUGUAUUUAGUCGUCAUGUACCUGGUACCAUUCCUCAGUCUCCUGAUCUUCAAUUCCUUUAUCUAUGGCAAGGUCCGAGCAGCCAACCUGGAAUUCCAGCGCCUGAGCAGCCUGCAGAGGAACGAGAUAGGUCUAGCCGUCAUGUUGCUCGUCGUGGUGUCUGUGUUCUUCGUGUGCAAUGUCCUUGCCUUCGUCAUCAACAUCCUGGAGAUCUCAGACAUCAUGAUCAAGGAGCUCAUCAUCACCAGCAACCUCCUGGUCACCAUCAACUCCUCAGUCAACUUCAUCAUCUACUGCACAUUUGGGCAAAAGUUCCGCAAAGUCUUCCUGCGGAUGUUCUGCUCCCGGCUGGCUCCGCCUUCCCUAGUACGAAGCGGCACCAGUCACUAUGGCGAGUCUUCUCGUAAUGGCGGAGGAGGAGGAGGUGGUGGUGGUGGGGGCUUCACUGAGACCAUACGCCUCACAUCGUGGAGCGACCAUAGGCAUAAUCAGUUGCUUAACCCCCACGAUGCUCGGAGGGCGUCGUACAACCACUUCGCGCCCAUCUCUGAGGCAGGUUACUGCAAGCGGGAUUCUUCCUUCAGCUCAUACGACCGCAUCCAGUGCUUCAACUAAUUUCAUGUCCUCGGCUUCUUUCUAUCUCUAGGUUUAAGGAUUAUGAUUUUGUGAUACAUUUAUUUUUUCCACGUUUAGUCUCUUCUGUUUGCAGAGAAAAAUGUAUUAAGAGAUGUUGUCACUAUACUUGUACAUGUAAAAAAAUGGCUUCUGAAUAAAUGUAGUCCGUGAGUUUUAUUUACUUAUCAUUUUCAUCAUCACCACAAUCUUUAUCUCCUGACCUCAUAAUCACAAUAUUUUCAUAAUAAACAAUUAUGACACACUUCUCUUCCUUGUUUAAAUAUGCACUGUUCUUCCUUCAUCUGUCGACCCUUCUGUUCCCUCCCUCUUGUCUACUCAAUCAAGACCCUUCCAUCCACAUCAGUUGUACCCUAUGAAAAGGUACAAAUAUGGCUCUAUACCCCAAACAAGUUACAAAUAUGACUCUGUACCCCAAAAAAGUUACAAAUAUGGCUUUGUACCCUAAGAAAAAAACACAAAUAUGGCUCUGUGCGCUAGGAAAAUGUACAAAUAUGGCUCUGUACCCUAGAAAUAGGUACAAAUAUAUCUCUGUACCCCAGGAAAAGGUCCAAAUAUGGCUUACUCCAAGAAAAGGUACAUUCGUACGGUAGGAAAAGGUACAAGUAUGGCUCUGUACCCUAGGAAAAGAUACAGUCAUAUCUCUAAGCUCUAGGAAAAGAUACAAUCAUAUCUCUGUACCUUAGGAUAGGGUACAUUUAUGUACCUUAAGAAAAGGUACAAAUAUGACACUGUACCCUAAGAAAAGGUACAAGUAUGUCUGUUCCCACAAAAAGGUACACAUAUGGUUCUUUACCCCACGAAAAGGUACAAAUGUCUCAGUUCCCCGCAAAAUUUUACAAAUAGGGCUCUAUCCCCAACAAAAAGGUACAAAUAGGGCUCUGUACCCCACGAAAAGAUACAAACAACUCAUUCAUUCCUUUGGAAUAUUUUCCUUAUUUAAAAAUGAUAAUUAUACCGUCAAAAAAAGGAAGGUUAUAAAUGAAAAAAGGGACCCUGGGUUGAACAGAGAAGUCUAAAUGGGGACUGUUUCUUGUUACAUAAAAAAAUAGAGUUUUAUGUUAUUUUCAUCAUCAUUAUUAUUGGUUAUGACUCAGAUUUAACUCUGUAAGUUCAAAAUCAGACAUAUUAUCAACAGAGGCUGGAGGAAGUCUUAUUUAUUCCGAGUCACUGAAAAGAAUAGAUAUUUUUCACGGCACCCAACUCCAAGAAGUUAUUUAUUAUGGUCAUUUACUGCAAAAUAAAUCACAUCGUCACUGAAAUAGAGCAAUGAGCUGUAAAAUCACUUAAUUUAUAAUACUUUAAUCCCCUCGAGUACCGGGUUGGAAAAUGGCAUCGUUUAUUUAAUGAGAGCAAUUCGUAUAUGACACUAAACUUAUUGACCUGGAAAUCUUCCAUGUGUCGUAUCGUCAAGGUCAAAAUUAAAUUAUAAAAGCAAAAUAUAUGGAAUUCAAAAGCCAGUAUUGGUUUGUGGUACAAAAAUACUUUACAAAAAAUCAUAAUUAUGAAUAUUGGACUUGGUAAUAGUGAUAAAUUCUGAUAUCUUAGUAAUAAACUAGGAACGGACCACUUUAUACUAACUGAGGGGGAUCAGAUCAGUUGCGCCAUAUGAAAGAUGUACGCCUAUGCCUUUAACACUAUAUAUUUCAGUUUUUAUUUGCUUUUGUUUGAAGUUUUUGUCAAGAUUCUAUAGUCCCAGUCUUAUCUGACUGACUUCAUGAAUACAUUCAUGAGAGCCAUUAACUUUUUACUGCAAAUAGUUUAACAGAGUAGUACAGUAUUUUAGCACAGCAAUCAGUACCGAAUAUGAAAAAUUGAAUUUGCAUACGAAGAUAAGAGAAACUUAUAGAAGGAGGACUUGUAUAGUGUUGGAACAAAGCAGCAGGACGAAUUUUUAAGAGACAGUUAGUAUUAUAGAAAGCAUUAUACAAAAGGUCACUUAUCUGCCCAUGACCCAAUAAGGAAAUUAUUCGGUAAUCUAGAUGUCAUUGAAGAAAUUUAGCUUAUUAUGGUCUAAAGGUUUAGAGGGCAUCACAUCACAAAGGCUGCGAGAGAAGAAUUACUGAAAAGCCUCAGACGAGGCAAGGUAAUUAGCAAGGACCUCGUGGAGGUAAACCGUGGACCAAGCUAAGAGGUUAAAAAUAUAUAUAUAAGUAUAGAUGUAAAAACGAGGAAAAACUACGAGCAGUCAGUCAGUAGUACUAUGUAAAUUGUUCAUCUGUGAAAGUCUGUAAAAAAUGAAAAUAAAAUUAAAGCAAAAAUUCA